AUGGGCCUCUUGAAAAGGUCUCCCCAAACUUCAAACACCGUGCGCAACUAUUCCUGCCAGAAUAGUCCACAGUCCAGGGCAUGUUGGGGGGAUUUCGACAUCGAAACCGACAUGGAUGCGAAAUGGCCCGACACCGGGAACACAGUCAAAUACACUUGGGAAGUCAGCAACACUACUGGUAGUCCAGAUGGCUACGAGAGGGUUAUGUUGUUGGUGAAUGGGCAGUACCCGGGACCGACGCUAUACGCUACUUGGGGAGACAACGUUGAAGUCACGGUAACCAACAAUCUCAAAUCAAAUGGCACAGGCAUUCACUGGCAUGGCUUGAGACAGCUGGGUACAAACGAUGCGGACGGUACUGCUGGUGUGACAGAGUGUCCCAUUCCGCCAGGCGGUUCGAGGACCUACCGAUUCAAGGCUACGCAGUACGGUUCAUCUUGGUGGCACAGUCACUAUUCAGUGCAGUACAGCGAGGGCGUCUCAGGACCCAUCGUGAUUCAUGGACCCUCAACAAAGAAUUGGGAUAUUGACCUUGGACCUCUUCCGAUUACGGAUUGGUUCCAUACUCCUGUAUUCGCCGUCAAUGCAGCUACACUCCACGCCAAUGGCCCGCCGACUGCAGAUAACAUGCUCGUUAAUGGGACGAUGGUCUCAGAUUAUGGUGGGAACUACGCCGUCACCACGCUGCAAAAAGGAAAGACGCAUCUCCUGCGUCUUAUGAACAACGGCAUUAAUAAUUGGGUCAACGUUGCUCUCGACGGACAUCCCUUCACAGUGAUUGCAGCGGACUUCAACCCGAUCGUGCCUUAUAGUGCGAAUUCACUCACGAUAGCGGCUGGCCAACGCUAUGACGUUGUUAUCAAUGCGAAUCAAACUGUCGGUAACUACUGGCUUCGUGUCGACACAGGUGGCGGAGCCUGUGACGGUCCGAAUCUCAUGCAAGGCCAAAUCCGAAGCAUCUUCCGCUACGAGGGUGCAGAUGAAGAAAACCCCGAUUCGGAAGCAACAUCGCAGCUGUCAACAGGCUGCAAUGACGAGAAGAAUCUUGUACCUUGGGUCAAGACCAAAGUGCCUCAAACAACGCCCCAAGAGAUGGAAGUCAAGUUCAGCAACACCAUCGUCGAAGGCGCAAACCUCGUACAGUGGCUGAUAGGUGACUCGCCUAUGCACAUCAACAUCAGCAACCCUUCAAUUCAACAGAUCUCUCACAACGGCGGCAACUUUACCAAGCCCGAAAAUACGUACGCCAUCGGCCAGGCAAACAAGUUCCAGUACUGGGUAAUCCAACAAGAUCCUGCCAACCUCGCCGCGGUCCCGCACCCAAUCCAUCUCCACGGACAUGACUUCUAUGUCCUUGCCCAGGAAUCGGGCAAGACUUGGGAAGGUGACAUCUCGACCCUGCAUAUGGACAACCCUCCUCGACGCGACACAGCGACUCUGCCCAUAAAGGGAUAUCUCGUGCUUGCAUUCGAGUCGGACAACCCGGGCUUGUGGCUCAUGCACUGUCACAUCCCAUUCCAUCUCUCACAAGGCUUCGGCAUCCAGUUCGUCGAGCGAGCAACUGACAUCACCGCCGGCUUGGACAACGUGAACGGCGGGUGUGCAGACUGGCACGAGUGGCGAAAUGGGUACUAUCCCGGUGGGUACUCUGAGGGCGACAUCUCUGUGUAA